AUGGUGAUUUAUUACAGAACAGUCUUAGCCAGCGAAAUCAGCGCGGAUGAACUCAAAGAAUGUGCAGACUUGUUCAGCUCUCAUUACGGCGUGUGGGGUGAGGGAGCGACAACUGUCUCGCCGUUCCUGAAACCCCAAGCGAGGGUCAAGAUGACUACGCACAAGCUAGCAUCAGAAUGCUUUGGAGAAUCCUCCAGAACUGUAAUUUCCACCUGCAAGAUCGACGAUGCGCUGGUUGGACACGCGAUUGCUGUCGUUUGGGACUAUGACGGAGGCCGUACAGGCUGGAUUGCCCAGCUAGUAGUCCAUGAAUCUUUCCGGCGCCGCUGGAUCGCAACAUCACUCCUGCAGGCGUUGAAGGAGCAUCCUCUGUUCAAGACGAUUAACGUUAUCGGCCUCGUUUCGUCUCAUCCAGCGUCAUGUAACGCUCUUGUCAAAUACGCAAAUAUCCGUAUAGAGGAUAUCGACCUGGACUUCAUCCGAGCCAACGCAGAGAGAGUUCUUCGAAGCACGCCAAUUGGCUACCUCAAGGCAUCACUGGUAGGGGGACUAUUUGGAACGUCCGGUGAUAUGGACGCAGUCUCCUGCCUGUUCACGAAAUAUUUCGUCGAUCAUCGCGAGCCCAGGGAAGUGCUCCAGUCUUAUAAGAACGCAGGUAGAUGGCCUCUCGGGGACCUUCCACCCGGACACGAAUUCUUGGUGCUAGUCCCCGUUGUUUCUAGUCUCUAG